UGAAUGAUUUUCCUUAUGGAUAAGCCCGCUAAUUUUUCCGAGAAACAAACACCAACAUGGGGGACCUGGGAGGAGCUCCUCCUCGCCUGCGCCGUCCACCGCUUCGGCACCCAGAGCUGGGACUCCGUCGCCACCGAACUCCGCAAGCGCAGUUCCAACCUCCACCUCCUCACCCCGCACGCCUGCAAGCGCAAGUUCCACGACCUCCGCCGCCGCUUCAACGACGCCGUCUCCGCCGCCAGCGACGAUGAUAAAUCCCCCAUCCUUUGGCUCGACCAGUUGCGGCAGCGGCGGCUCGACGAACUCCGGCUUGAACUCCAACGCUACGACCGCUCCAUCGUGUCUCUGCAAUCGAAGGUGGAGAGGUUAAAAGAAGUGCGCGAACAGAGUCUGAGGGAGACAGAAAAACCGGUUGAAAAAUCGGAUCUUGAGAAGACCCAAGAGGUAGAGAUCAAACCGGCUGACGUCUCGCCGGAGAAGAAAGAUAUCUCCGUGCGCGACGGACGGUCGUUUGACGAAUCGAAAACGACAGAUCCGAAACCCGAGGAACCCGGAACCGGAGAUGCCGAUACGGGUAAUGGUUCGGAGCCUGAUGAACCGGGUGAAGCAGCCGGUGAGGAGAUCGGGACGGCCGAUAAGUCGAGUAAUCCGGCGGUGGAGGAUUCGUGCAACGGAAGUUCCGAUUCGGUGGCAAAGGAACCGGCGGUUAUGGAGUCGGAGAAGGGUAACUCGCGGGAGUUGAGGGAAUCGGUGGCCGAGUCAAAGGGAGGGGAGGAAGGGACGAAGGAGAGUCGUCAGAGUAGCAGUGACGUGCAGAGCUCGGCGAGUUUGUCGAGAAAAGCAGGUGAGGAACCUGAACCGGUCGGACCGGAGGACCAUGGUGAGCCGGACCAGGAGGACCAGUCUCCCGCCAUGAAGGGGGUCCCAGUUGAAUCUCAGCCGUUGGUUGAUUUCCUCGAGAUCCUUCGCUCUCUUAAGUUUGCCUCCUUUUUCGAGCGCCGGCUCCAUUCCCAGGAUUAUACAAAAAUGAUUCGGCAGCAUGUAGAUUUUGAAAUGGUGCAAACCAGACUUGAAGGAGGUUGGUACUCACGGUGCAGCAGAAGCUUAUUUUUUCGAGAUAUGUUGCUUAUUUGCAACAAUGCCAUAGUCUUCUUUGGGAAAAAGUCUCCAGAAUACAAGGCUGCAUGUGAGCUUCGGUCACUUGUGUCAAAGGAAAUGGCUUGUUUGCCUCCUAAGCAAGAACCGCCACCUAAAGAAGAAACUCCGACACAACCAGCUCCCCCUGUGAAUCCUGAACCUGAAACGUCGGAUUCAUUGCUCGCAAAAUCAAAACUAUCACUUCCACUCAAUGCUUGUCGCAAACGCAGCUCCAUAACGGCAAGAGCGUCCACAUCUUCUUCAGGACCAGAAAGAAGAAAAGAGCAGGCCUCUACAUUCCGUGAUGUCAAACCAGCUAUAAAUUGGAAACAAAAAGAGGAGUCCUCGGAUGAAAUUGAGAAACUCCAUGUCACCAAGAGAAGAAGAAAGGAAAGACGUAGGAGCAGUACAAGAAACAACAUGACCAAAAAUGUCAGGACCCGUAGUAAUACUAACAACGAAAGAAACUCAGAUGUCAAUGAGAAUUCGGAGUCCAAAGCUGAGAUGGAAAAGAAGAGCAGAGUGUUAUCUAGCAAUGAGAAUUCAGAAUCCAAAGCUGAGACGGAAAAGAAGAGCAACAAUAAUGCAGGUGGGAAAAAGCAAAGUGCCGCAAAUUUCUUGAGUAGAAUCAAGAGCUCCUCAUCCAAAACCGUAUCAUUGCUAGAGGCAUCAAAGACCCCUGAGAAUAACAGCAAAGGAGGCAGAGCAGAGCAGAGGAAAAAUGGAAAUGGCAAAGGAAACACGCAGAAAGAUCAAGGUUCGCGCAGAGGUUCUGGUGGUAGACAGGCAGCGAAAGAGCAGGACAGCCCAUCGAAAAGGAAUGUGGGACGGCCCUCAAAGAGGGCGGCAGCAACAAUGGCUGGUCCAGCUAAACGAGCUAGAGGCCGAUGAAGCUGAAGUGCACAGCAGUCGACAGGCAAAGAAGGGGAUGGUUGGUUCUUGGUAAUGUGCCUUGUUAUAAUAAUAUUACAAACAGUUUUUUGUUCUUCUGAUGAUAGAGUUAUAUAUAACGAUACUUAUAAUUGCAUUGUAGGGUUCUAAUGAUAACUCAUGGAUUAUAUAGAUGGAACUCGAUAUUUUCUCAA